AUGGGUUCAGAGACUUUCCUUGAAGUGAUUCUUGCUGUUCUCCUUCCUCCCGUUGGAGUCUUCCUUCGUUAUGGCUGUGGGGCGGAAUUCUGGAUAUGUUUGGUGUUGACAUUAUUGGGUUAUAUUCCAGGAAUUAUUUACGCUAUUUAUGUAUUAGUUGGAUAA